CCUCACCAUUCUUCUUCCUUUCUCCGCCAAUUAACCAUUGUCGCCUCCUGAAGGAUUCCAUUUUCUCCUCCUGAAGGAUUCCAUUUUCUUUAGAGAAAUUCAGAGCUAUCCAUUUUCCAUCUUCCUGUUUGAGUCUAAGUCUUCUGGUGGCUGAAAACAAGUUGUGGGGACAGAUCCAUGGCGUUUGAGCAAUACUAUAGCCAGGAAUGGAAGAACAUCCCAGCGACAACAUCUGAAAAUCUUAACGGUUGCUUCGACUGCAAUAUCUGCUUAGACUUUGCACAUGAGCCAGUUGUCACCUUCUGUGGCCACCUCUACUGCUGGCCCUGCAUCUACAAGUGGCUUCAUGUCCAGAGUGCCUCCCUAGCCUCUGAUGAGCACCCACAAUGCCCAGUUUGCAAGGCUGAUAUAUCUCACACCACCAUGGUUCCCCUCUAUGGCCGGGGCCAAUCAGAAUCUGAGUUUGGAGGCAAGACACCAAAUGGGGGCAUGGCAAUACCCCCUAGACCUCCAGCUUGCGGUAACCAAGCUCUUCUGUCAACUACCAGUCAUAACAGUCAGCAGCUUCCUUAUCGUAAUCCUUAUCAAGCACAGAACCAUAACCCAAAUCCAUUCUACGAAGAGGAUUCAUCCUCAUCGAUGCCUAACCUUGCAGGCCCCACAAUGACUGGAUUCCACCAUCCAGUGGUUGGAAUGUUUGGUGAGAUGGUUUAUGCAAGGGUGUUUGGGAACUCCGAAAGCUUAUACACAUACCCAAAUUCAUACUACUUGAUGGGGAAUAGCAGUGCCAGGCUAAGAAGACAGCAGAUGCAGGCAGACAAGUCACUCAACAGAAUUUCGAUUUUCCUCUUCUGUUGCUUUCUUUUGUGCCUAAUUGUAUUUUGAGGUUAGUCUAUCUGUUUGUAUACACUGUAAAGAAUCGGCGUGUAAGCUUACAGACAUGAGUAGUCGAGAUAAUGUUAUAUGAAGGUACUAUCAUGUGCUAUCUUGAAUACAUAUGCCCUUUUGUGCAAACUAGAAAUCCCUGUCUGAAAUGAGGGUUUUGUGGAGGCAAGUCACUCAACAGGUUUAGCCUGACUACUUGAAUCACAGCUGCAAGUCUGAUUAGUUAGAUUGUUUGUUGCAGCAUUAAAUGUGGGAAUCAAUU